AUGAAUUGGCUGAAACAUAUAACAAGUGUAGUGAUAGUCAACCAGGAAAAGCGGCAAAUACAAGAAACACCAAGUCUAGUGCACUAUGCGAAAGAACACUUUGGAUAUGGUCACUAUCGGGAUCGCAUGCCUUGUGGGAGUAUACACGGGCACGAGGUUCUUCGAGCCCAUAGUUAUCGAUAG